UUUUUCGAGACCGGAGGUUGCCCCUUGGUUGCAACCAGUGUCCUGCUUAUUAUAAGGCUCUGGUUGCAACGAAAGAGUUAAAGUCCCAAAUCCUCUUACAGCUUCCCUCUGUUUACACUGGAAAUGAUUUAGAUGGGUCACAUGGUCGGUAAUCAGUGCCUGCUGGCUGUAAGGUACCCGGAUGCUACACAACGUUUAUGUGACCCAUGAGCUGGACCGAAGUGAGAAAACAACUAUGGAUUUCAUGACGGAUCGGGAUGUGCAAAAGUACUUGGAGGAUGGAUAUGUGGUUCUGGACGACCUGCUGACCUCACAGGAGUGUGACGAGCUGAGGCAGAGGAUGGCAGAGAUAGUGGCGAUGGACGUCCCAGAGCACUGCCGCAUCACCUUCUCGACCUAUCACGACGAGCAGUUAAAAACACAGGGAAAUGCUGACUAUUUCAUCACAAGCGGAGAUAAGGUCUGCUUUUUCUUCGAGAAGGGAGUUUUUGAUGACAAAGGGGAAUUCAUCGUACCAAAAGAGCGGUCACUAAACAAAGUCGGACACGCACUUCAUGCAUAUGAACCGUUGUACGAAAAGGUUACACAUUCACCCAAAGUUCAGGGUAUAGCCAAGAAGCUGGGUGUUGUAAGUCCUGUGAUACUGCAAAGCAUGUUUAUUUUUAAGCAACCAGGGAUUGGAGGGGAAGUGACACCACAUCAAGACGCCACGUUUCUAUACACGGAGCCUCUGGGCAGAGUCAUGGGGCUGUGGAUCGCGCUGGAAGAUGCCACUGUUAACAACGGCUGCCUGUGUUUUAUCCCCGGAUCACACAACAGUGGUAUUUCUCGACGUAUGGUGCGCACCCCAAAAGGCACCUUUCCCCUGACAGACUUCACCGGUCGAGAGCAGGCCUACGAUGAGACAAAGUUUAUCAGUGCACCAGUGAAAAAAGGUGGUGUAGUCCUGAUCCACGGGGAAGUGGUGCAUUGCAGCGCCCAAAACACCUCUGAGGAUUCCCGCCAUGUCUACACCUUCCACAUCAUGGAGUCCCAGGACACUCGCUGGAGCCCGGACAACUGGUUGCAACCCACUGAAGAGCUUCCUUUCCCGCCGCUCUACAGUAAAUGAAGGAUGUUUUUAGUAUUUGGUGGAGCAGUUCAAUGGAGGACACAAGCUUUAAUCUUUCCUGAAGGACCAACUACAAAGAAACUGUUACCGGUAGUUUUUUUAAAUAAAUGCUGCCAUUUCUCUUACCUUGUAUUGUAAGAUGUAAGACACCAUCUUUUUCUCUAAACUACAUGAGGAAAGGUACAAAGUUGAAACUAUAUAAAUGUAUCAAUAUUUUUUAGACAAAUUUUUUUAAAAGACUGGAUAAUAAUAAUUAAAUAAUAAAAACAUGAUUUGUUUUUCAAAUUUUUGUCAAUAUUCCACCUUUAUUCAGCAACUCUUUAUUUACAAUCAGCAUAAUUCUUGUUCUUUUUUUCCAUUUGUGUCAAAGCAACACAUACAACAUAAAAUAUUACAUUUUCAAGUAUGUUCAUUUUAAGACGCAACUUAAAUAAAAAAAAAAAAAAAUGUGCCUUUCAACAAUCAUGAAUCACAACAUUAUAGCUCGAAAUGAAAAUAAAAGUAAGGUUAAUAAAAAUGUUAAAGUGUAAUCCAUCAGUCACAAAGGUCUUCAACUCAUUUAUAUAUUAAAUUAGCGUCUCAUCUCCAAUGCACUUGACAUGCAGUAUUACAUUUUCAAAAUGUUAUGAUGAUGGCAAAAAUAAACUACUAGUAGGAUCAUGCUAAUAAAAUGUUACACCAAAAAAGUUUUAAAGAUGAACAGACAUCACAUGUUUGGAAAGUCCUGCUGGAAAAAAAAGGUUUAAGGCAGGAAACUGUUCCAUCCACAACAAAGAAUGAUGAGAUGAUUCCUGAUGAAAUGUGGAUGGAUAAAAUAAUAAAGGGCCUUUGUUUAAUAUUCAGACUCACCGCUUAUUUACAGACUAACAAACUGCAGUUUGAAGGCUCAGUAUAACAAGGAAAUGUACUUCAUAUAUUACCAUUAUUUUAAGGGGUCCCAACAAACAUCAAAAGUAUUAACAAAAGUGUGUCAACCAAAAAUAAUAUACUGUAGAAUACCUGUAUUUAAGUUCCAGUUUUUCAUACUGGUGUCAUGCAUGGACAGAGUGACGUUCUGCACAUUGAAAUAUAAAUCAGCCCUUUUAAGAAGAGUUGAGAUGGGUUGCCAUGCUUUCAUCUACAGCAUUUACAACAGUAGAUCAUGUGUGUAGAAAAUACUUCUUAACACCUUAAGGCAAAUAUUUUCAGCAGUAAAGUUCUUCAUAUUGCCGUCAGGGAGGCAAAUCAACCGAAUAACAAAAGAAGAGGAUGUAUCAGGAAGAUAACUUGAAAUCAUGUUCUUCAAAGGCAAUACAAAGGCAUGUAUCCAUAUGGGACAAGAUAGGAAUACUUUCUCAUUGAUUAGAUGUGAUAGCAGGGUCUGUGAGUGCUUAAAGGUCAUUUUUUUCUACUUUGUUAAACUAUCUCCUGUUGCAUAAUUUAAGAGGACUUGGUGUCAGCGAUUGAGUACCUCCCUCAGGACAGUGACACGCAAAAGAAACUGUACACCACUGUCUAUACAGACAGGAACUUUAACUCGCAUAUCUUUGUAACUUACUCUUAAUAGAUAGUUUCAUUCCUUAAGCAGCUGCAAUUAUUAGUAAUCUAAAGGUAACAGACACAAACGUCAUGCCACAUUUGUUUGACGUGGGUUAGGGUUAUUAUCCUGAUUAAGUA